ACUCUCUUUCUCUCUUAAUCCAUUUUUUUCCUCCAGGAUUAUUACAUUAAGAUUUAGCUAAAAUUCACAUCUUAAAUCAAGUCUUUGUUCUUCCUCUUACUGGUUCAUCUUGGGCAAGUAGUUUGUUAUUUAAUUUAUAUGAGAGAGAGUUUCCCAAGAGAAAGAGGAAGUGAAAGAGAAAGAGGAAAAGGAAGAGAAAGAGAGAGAAACCAGAGCAUUAGUCUCUAGUACACCAGGAAUCAAACCAGGAGCCUUAAACAUGCAAAUCCUCUGUUGUACCAGCUCAACCAUUUUCCCAGUUACCUUGGACAAGCAAGUAACUUAAACUCUAUUUUUCAACUUCUUCAGACUAUAUUCAGUCAAAUUUCUAAAAUGGAAGAAGCCAAAAGUCAAAGCUUAGAGGAAGACUUUGAAGGACAGGCCACACAUACUGGACCCAAAGGAGUAAUACAUGACUGGAGAAAAUUUAAGUUAGAGAGUGAAGAUAGUGAUUCAGUCCCACCUAACAAGAAGGAGAUUCUCAGACAAAUGUCUUCUCCUCAAAGCAGAGAUGAUAAAGACUCCAGGGAAAGAUUCGGCAGAAAGAUGAGUAUUCAAGAGUAUGAACUAAUCCACCAAGACAAAGAAGAUGAAAACUGCCUUCGUAAAUACCGUAGACAGUGUAUGCAGGACAUGCACCAAAAGCUGAGUUUUGGGCCUCGGUAUGGAUGUGUGUAUGAGCUAGAAACUGGAGAGCAAUUCUUGGAAGCCAUUGAAAAGGAGCAGAAGAUCACUACAAUCGUGGUUCACAUCUAUGAAGAUGGAAUCAAAGGCUGUGAUGCUCUAAACAAUAGUUUUACAUGCUUGGCAGUUGAAUACCCUAUGGUCAAGUUUUGUAAGAUAAAAGCUUCACAUACAGGUGCGGGGGAGCGCUUCUCCUCAGAUGUUCUGCCCACACUGCUUAUCUAUAAAGGUGGGGAACUCAUAAGCAAUUUUAUUAGUGUUGCCGAACAGUUUGCCGAAGAAUUUUUUGCAGGGGAUGUAGAGUCUUUCCUAAAUGAAUAUGGGUUACUACCUGAAAGGGAGAUCCAUGCUCUAGAGCAGACUGACAUGGAAGAAGACAUGGAGUAAAGAGUCACAUGGUCGAUCUCUCCUGUUUGUCCUCCUCACAAUGAAUUUUGAUUUUGGUAGUAUCUAUAUUCCUUUAGAAAACACCAGGUAUAGGCAAGUUAUUCCACUUUGGUAGGGUGGAGUAAUAAGUUGAAAUAAAAAUGAUAAGACCAAUUUCUUACAGAGUCAGGUGAAUAUAAUAUUUUACUGUAAAUCAUUAUAAUCUUCAAUAACUUGUUAGUAAAUGAAGAGAAUGCAGGUGUUAUUAUAGUUUUCAAAAAUUCUUUAAAAAUUAUGUAAUAGUUUUUUACUCCUUGCU